ACCUAUUCUUCUUGUCUUUCCUCACCAACUCGGUCAAAACUCCAUUCUCUUUCUGAACUACUUUCUUUCUUUUUUUCUAUGUAUUUCUUCUUCUAAUAGACAUAUAUAUAUAUAUAUAUAUAUAUAGUAGCAAUAGGGUAUCCCAUAUAAAGUCCUUUUGGCUCUCAGAUCAUAAUUAAGCUAUAUCUGUUUGUGUGGUGAUAAUAUACAUAUACAUAUAUAUAUAUACACUAAUAAUUAUGGGGAGAUCUCCUUGCUGUGAGAAAGAGCACACAAACAAAGGUGCAUGGACCAAAGAAGAAGACCAGCGUCUAAUCCACUACAUCAAACUCCAUGGUGAAGGUUGCUGGAGAUCUCUUCCCAAAGCAGCUGGUCUGCUUCGUUGUGGGAAAAGUUGCAGGCUGAGAUGGAUAAACUACCUUCGGCCAGACCUCAAGAGAGGAAACUUCACAGAAGAAGAAGACGAACUCAUCAUCAACCUUCACAGCUUGCUUGGAAACAAGUGGUCUUUAAUAGCAUCUCGAUUACCGGGAAGAACAGACAAUGAGAUAAAGAACUAUUGGAACACACACAUCAAAAGAAAGCUCUAUAGCAGAGGAAUCGAUCCACAAACCCAUCGCCCACUUCUGCUCGUGCCUACUAAUAAAACUACUACUACUACUACUACUAGUUCUAGUACUAGUACUCCUCAUCUUCUUCCAACCAAAACUAGAACUAGUACUAGCAGUAACAGCAGCAGUAGCAGCAGUGAUCAUGAUCAUAAUCAUCAGAGCAACAAACUUAUCAUGUUCAACAACACCAUGCCCAACCCCAAGCUUCAUCAUCAUGUUACCAUUGAAAGGACUAGUAGUGCAAUUGCUGCUGCUGCUAGCACAGAUCAAUUCUAUUCAAACAUGACGAUGGCGAUGAGUAGCACUACCAGUUGUACCACUUCUGCUAAUAAUAAUAGUACUGAUGUUAUUACAAGUGACACCCAACGAGGGCUGCUCAACCUCGACCUCUCCAUAGGCCUACAACCACUUGGGCUCCCUUCUUCUUCUUCUACUACGACUACUACUACUACUACUACUGCUAAGCCAGUACAGCCGCAGAUUAUUCAUAACAAGUGCAAUAGUUUUGAUCAUAACAAGUACAAUAAUGGCAGCUUUGACGAUCCAGCAAGAGCAGCAGCUAUAGCCAGUGGUGGUAGCAGCAGCAGUAGUAACAGUGUGUGUUUGUGUAUCAAGAAAAGCCAGUCAUGUUCGUGUAGCUGCAGUAAUAGUAAUAAUAAUAGUUCCAAUAUUUCUAUGGGUAAUAAUAUUACCGCUACUAGAGUGGUAAAACCAGUUCUACUGCCCAAUACUACUACUACUACUCACAGUUAUCUCUAUACAUAUUAUACAACUACUACUUAAUUUUACCUUUAGUAAUAAUGGUCUCUCUUUUUGUCUUUUCA